AUGGGCUUCAUAUCCUCAAUAAGCCAAUCUAUACGCAAUAACAAACUCUCUCGGAAACUGUCGGCCUCCAAACCCAACAGACCCCGCUAUGAAGACUCCAAAGACCUUAUCAAGAUUCCUUCAAAUACGGGCUCCCUCGCGAGGGCAGAUAGUAUUGCGUCAACAAUUCGUCACUCAAACCAAGACCCUAUCAUGCCCACCGAGUCCCCGACUCAUCGAAAAUGCCUCACACCCGCCGAUCUGAAUUUGCAGACUUUAUUCGACAAUGCAGAGGCACUAGAUCCAGCGACGAGACGUACUGUGAGAGCAUUGUCUAUGCCAGAAUACCCAAUUCUCAAAAUGGAGACUGUGCAAUCACCAUUCGAUACACCACCGAAGAAGUUACAGGAUCCUAUUGACACGGAUGGGAAGUGGAGUGGGAAGAAGCGUGUCCGUCAGACCACGAGGAGAGUCAAGAAUGAGAAGAAAGAGUCGGAUGGAAUUAUUAAGGAUGCAAGCGGGAACUCGGGUUCAAAGAUCAAGAGGUCUAUGACGGGGCUGCUGAAAAAAAGUACCUCAUUCAAGAUAUCAAGAUCUUCGUCAAAGACGAGGCGGGUCUCCACUAAUCCAAGAUGGUUGGGUUCGUCGGUUACGGAUGACUAUUUGGUGGAUGAGAAGGCGGAGCUGAAGUGGCUGGAACUGAAUGGCUUGAGUAGCCGGGAUACGGAAUUUGGCAUUUGGAAUGAGAUUGGAUUUGGGCGGCUUUGGUGA